CAUCACUUUAUCCAUACAAGCCACUACACAGGCACGCGAAAAGGCGUUAAAACUUGGGUUCAAGUCUGUCUGAUUUCCAUUUAAGAAAACGCACCGCGCGACGAUGUUUUCGGGAGUACCUCGAGGAUCCACCUUGCGCAACCAGCCGUCCGCUCAGUUCCCUACUCUCCCGACAGAUGGCGGCUGGAAGCCUCGGCGUUUCUGCGCGCUCUUCCGCGGCGGGCGCGCGAACGCUCAUCCCUAGCGUCCCGCGUGUCCCGGCGGUGAACUUCCCGAUCGACACCGAGCCGGGCAACAGUGUUACGUCGGAGGCGCUCAUCGAUGCGGGCCGAGCACUUCGCGAGCCGGUGUCAGCAGAAGCGCUAUGGUGCUGAAACAACGCCGCCGACCGGCGAGGCGUCACGUUGUUGUGGCGCGCAACAGAUGACUCGCAUCGUCGCCGGCGCGUGAAAAAGGCUGUGUCAGCGGGACGUUCGAGGUGGCCGCUAUGGGACGGUAAUGAGCUCUCGCCGGACGAUGCUCGCUUCGGUCGCAACGAGGGCGAUGACUUGCGGACGUCGUUUUCGUCGGCGAAAUUGGUGGACUUUGCUUGCAGUGGCGGCGUUUUGCUUCUGCGAGACUGCCGUGCAGGGCCGCUAUCAAGCCGUCACAGUGGAGCCUCGCACCGUGAGCGCGGUGGAAGGCGGCCAGGCCCAGCUCAGCUGCGACCUCGGGGCUCCGGCGUCCGACGACUUCGCGGUGCGCAUCCGCUGGCUCAAGGAGCACGCCGAACCCGGAGGCGAGGGUGACGUGGGCGCCACGGUGCCCGUGUACAGCGUGGAGGUCAACUCGCGCACGGGCAGCCUGUCGCAGAUCCGCCAGCGGACUCACUUGGGCAGCCUCCGCGGCCGCGCCUACUUCUCUGUCAUCCAGACGCCGGCAGCGCUCAACGUCGACCGGCUGAGGAGCAGUGACAACGGCACCUACGUCUGCUCGGUGGACUUCAAGAUGGGAUGGACGCGCACCGCUGUUGUCCACCUGGUCGUCGUUGUACCUCCAAAGCGACCGUUGAUCACAGAUGAAAAUGGCACCGAGAUUCGGAACCUGACACGUCCUUACGAGGAAGGCGAGGACUUGACUCUUGUGUGCGACGUUUACGGCGGUCAGCCCGAGCCCGUGGUAACGUGGUGGCGAGGGUCCCAGCUACUGCAGCAGGCGCUCAGUAGAGCUCCCGACGGACACUCCAGGGCCACGCUUCUGCGGCUGCGGCUAGCGCGCACCGACUACCGGGCCAAGCUCACCUGCCGGGCGACGAACAGCAACGUCUCGGAGCCGUCAACGGCCAGCGUCAUUGUCAACAUGCACCUGCAGCCGAUUGCUGUCGAAAUCAAGGGAAAUAGAGGCCCUCUUUCGGCAGAGAUGUCAACGCAGGUUAUCUGCCAAGUGGAGGGAUCUCGACCGCCGGCCUCAGUACGCUGGCUGCUCGGAUCUAGGGAGCUGAGCGACUAUGCCACGCGUGCGACGUCGAGUGAGACCACGCUCAGUGUGCUUAGCUUUGUCCCGAGCGCGUGGCACCAUGGCGAGAGCCUCCGGUGCUUGGCGUCCAACACAUUCUGUACCAGGCAGCCGGAGACACCCAUGGAGGACUUCUGGAGACUGGACAUACACUACGCUCCAAUCAUUGAACUGCGCUUGGGCAUCGGGCUGAAUGCCGCGCAUCUGCACGAAGGCAUGGACGUAUACUUCGAAUGCCACGUGCGCGCCAACCCUCCUGUCGGAGAGGUUUCGUGGAGUUUCAACGACAGGGACUUGCACACAAACGCUGGACGAGACAUCAUUGUGAGCAACCAGUCGCUCGCUCUGCGAUCAGUCAACCGAACGAAUAGCGGCGCCUACGCCUGCCACGCAGCAAACUCCGAGGGGGAAGCCAGCAGUGUCAGCCAUGGCCUGCGGAUACAGUACGCUCCUGUGUGCCGCACGUCGCAGCAGCGACGCAUCUAUUCAAUCGGCAAGCACGACACGGUGCACGUCACUUGUGACAUGGAAGCAGAUCCCGUUCCGGUGACGUUCUCGUGGGGCUACCGCCAGGCUAACCGCGACUACCCCCUCGGGCCGGACGCCUCGUUCAACUCGCCUGCCGGUCAGCCGCUUCGAUCCGUGCUACGCUACACACCACGGCACGACGCCGACUAUGGGACGCUCAGUUGCGGCGCCAGUAACACCAUCGGCGAAAGCACACGGCCUUGCAUAUUCCAGGUGGUACCGAUAGGCGGUCCCGUCCAGCCGUCAAACUGCGUGACGCGCGAGGCGACUUCCGAUGCGCUGCUGGUGUCGUGCCAACGGCGAAGUGGCGCGCCCGAGAACCAGGAGUUCCUGCUGGAACUGCUGGAUGGGCCCCCGCAGGCACCCAUCAGGGCGAACCUGACGGUCGCUGGACAGCCCAGCUUCCGCCUCCACUCGCUGCAGCCAGGCACCCUGUACCGGCUGGCCGUGUACGGUGUCAAUGCCAACGGACGCAGCGAGCCCGUGCAUCUCACCGCGUACACGCUACCAGUUGAGCAGGAAUUGCUCGGACAGGAGGCUGGGUUGGAGAUAAACACUGGAACCCUUGUUGCCGCCGUCCUGAGCGCAGUGGCCGCUUUUCUCGUGGUCUUCAUUGCACUGAUGCUCAUCAAGCUGCGGCACAAAUUUAUUGCGAGAAAUGGUGGGUGA